AAAGUUUAAUAGUAGUGCCAGAUGAAUUUUAACUUUGGAGCUUGGGAAAAAUAAAUUCUCACGAAAUUCGAACGGUUCUGUGUAUUGUGUGAAGCGCUUCAAAAAUCAGCAUCCCUCCGUUUUCCAGCAUUCCCAUAAAACGCACGCAUCCUCUAUAAUUGAUUUUUAACUCUAGGGUUUUUCCAUCGUUGAUUCUCUGUCUGAAUGAAAUACAAAUCUGAAGGAAUUCCUGUUUGAAUCGAAGAAUAAGGAAGGAGGUGGAGAUGCCGCUUUUCGUAUCGGACGAAGAAUUCCAGCUGUGCUCGGAAGAUGCGGCGCUUUUGGCGGAGAAGGCGGACGAUUUCAUCCGUGGACUGUACAAUCAAAUAGAGACGGUGAAGGCGGAGGCCGACGCAGCCUCCAUAACUCUCGAGCAGACGUGCUCUCUCAACGAACAAAAAUACGUUUCCCUUUCCGCGGAGUACUCCUCUCUCCAGCUACAGAACUCCGAGAUAAAUGCUUUGCUUGAACAGCGCGAUGCUGAAAUUGCAGAGCUGAAAGUCGAGAAACAGCAAUUUCUCCUUCAGUCUAUUGAAAAAGAUGGGGAACUAGAGAGGCUUAUGAGGGAAGCAUCAGAACUUCAUAGAUCGAAGAGGCAGCUGAUGGAAUUGGUGGAACAAAGGGACUUGGAAAUCAACGAGAAAAAUGCCACAAUAAAGAGUUAUCUUGAUAAGAUUGUUAAUCUGACUGAAAAUGCUGCAUCAAAAGACGCACGGGUUAGGGACCUAGAAUCUGAAUUGGGCCGGUUGCAUGCGACAUCUGACCGUUUUUUGCAGGAGAAGGAGCUUCUUGAGAGGCAUAAUUCAUGGCUUAAUGAGGAGUUAACGGCUAAGGUUAAUAAUCUGAUCCAGGUGCGGAAGGAAUAUGCAGAAUUUGAGGCUGAUAUGUCUGGUAAACUUGCAGAUGUUGAACAAAAAUUGAAGGAGAGUGCUAAUUCUUUGAAAUUUCACAAAGACAGAGUGAGGGAGUUGGAGGAGAAACUAGCAUCGAUGGAAAGAGAGUUGUUGUCAACUAAGGAUGCUGCAGCAGCUUCUGAGCAGCGUUCCUCGGCUGAGAUUUCAACAGUAACCAAACUUGUUGAUUUAUAUAAAGAAAGUUCGGAGGAAUGGUCCAAGAAGGCAGGAGAACUUGAGGGAGUCAUCAAGGCUCUUGAAACUCACUUAAAUCAAGUUGAAAGUGAAUGUAAAGAUAAGCUUGACAAAGAAGUGUCUGCAAGGAAGGAAGUGGAAAAGGAAUCUGCUGAUUUAAAAGAUAAGCUAGAAAGCAGCCAAACAGAAUUGGAGAAGUUAAAAAGAGGAAAUGGGUUUCAACAUCAUCCUUUGAGUAGUAUUACAACUGGCUUAUGGGAAAAUUCAGUUGAUGCCAAUGAAAUGGUUGUGGAUGAUCAAGCAAUUAUUCCUAGUAUUCCUGCCGGAGUAUCUGGAACGGCAUUGGCAGCUUCACUUCUUAGGGAUGGAUGGAGUCUAGGGAAAAUUUAUGGCAAAUAUCAAGAGGCUGUUGACGCUCUACGGCAUGAGCAGUUAGGGAGAAAGCAAUCCCAAGCUAUAUUGGAGCGUGUGCUUUAUGAAAUAGAAGAAAAAGCCGGAGUCAUCAUGGAUGAAAGAGAAGAACAUGAAAGACUUGUCGAGGCCUACUCUGCUUUAGAUCAGAAACUGCAGCAGACACUCUCCGGACAUUCUGCUUUGGAGAUUACCAUUCAGGAGCUCAAGGCUAAGUUAAAGAGGCAGGAGCGUGACUAUGCAGUUGCUCAGAAGGAGAUUGUUGAGCUCCAGCAACAGGUGGCUGUACUGUUAAAGGAGUGUCGAGAUGUUCAGUUGCGCUGUGGAUCAGUUGCCCGUUAUCAAGAUGAUGAGCUCCUUAGUGGUUUUUCUGUGCCACUGGGUACCGAACCUAGAGCUGAAAAUGUCAUAUUGGACCGCCUGUUAACCUUUAAAGACAUAAAUGGAUUAGUUGAACAGAAUGUCCAGCUGCGCAGUGUUGUUCACAAUCUAUCUGAUCAGAUUGAAGAGAGCGAAGCAGAGUUGAAGGAAAAAUAUGAGAAGGAGCUUCAGAUGCAUAAAGAAGAGACUGUGUCUAAAGUUAAUGCAGUAUUGCUGAGGGCAGAGGAACAGGAGCGCAUGAUUGAGUCACUUCAUACCUCUGUGGCCAUGUACAAGAAGUUGUAUGAAGAGGAACAAAAACUUCGUGCUUAUCCUACUCAUCUGCUUGAAGCAGUUCCAGAGCGAGGACGCAGGGAGAUUAUACCCAUGCAAGAAAAUAGCCAUGAGACGUCAAGAAAGCACGAACAAACUUUAGAGCGUCUGAGAAGUCUGGAGGAAGAUUUGGCAAAGUCCAAGAAUGACAUCAUAUCAUUGCGAUCUGAUCGUGAUAAAUUGGAAAUGAUAGCGACGUUCGCAGAAGAAAAACUUGCAAGGUUUCAGAAGGAGUUUGAGCAACAGAGGGAAGAGCAUAAUGGAAUUAGAGCAAGAAAUGUUGAGUUCUCUCAGAUAAUAGUUGACUACCAAAGGAAACUCCGUGAAAGUGCUGAGUCCUUGGAUGCUGCCAAUGAACUCUCUCGGAAAUUAACUAUGGAGGUAUCAAUUUUGAAGCAAGAAAAGGAAAUGCUUCAGAACUCUGAGAAAAGAGCUUCUGAUGAAGUUCGUAGUUUGUCUGAGAGGGUUCAUCGGCUUCAGGCCACUUUGGACACCAUGCAGAGUGCUGAGGAAGUGCGUGAGGAGGCUAGAGGUGUUGAGAGAAGAAAACAAGAAGAUUAUGUAAACAAAAUUGAGAGAGAAUGGGCUGAGGCAAAAAGAGAACUUCAGGAACAACGCGAUCUUGUUCGGAAUCUUUCUCUUGAGCAUGGGAGUACCUUGAAGGAUGCUCGUAAACAAGUUGAUGAAUUGAAUAAGGAAUUGGCUAAUGCUUUGCGAUCUGUGGCAAAUGCUGAAUCUAGAGCAGCAAUUGCAGAGGCUCGUUAUUCUGAUCUGGAGAAGAUUAUGGAAUCUGCAAGGACGAAGGACUCUGAUGGUGUUGAUAGUGGACUGUCUUCCACAUCUACUGAAAAGAUGCUGGCAAAGUUCCGGGAUGAAAUUGAGAAAUUAAGGGAGGAAGCACAGGCAAACAAAAAUCACAUGCUUCAGUACAAGAGCAUCGCUCAAGUAAAUGAAGAAGCCCUCAAACAGCUGGAGUCAGCCCAUGAGAAUUUUAGGAAGGAGGCUGAUGAAGUUAAGAGGUCGCUAGAAGAUGAGAUUCAUUUGCUCAGGGAGCAUGUUAGUGAACUUGAGAGUGAAUGUAAGCUGAAGACUGAAGAAGCAAUUUCUGCAUCUUCUGGGAAAGAAGAGGCUCUUGCUGGUGCUUUGUCUGAGAUUGCCAGUGUGAAGGAUGACUAUUCUGUUAAAAUGUCACAGAUUGUGGUCAUGCAAUCAGAAAUCUCUGCAUUGAAAGAAGACUUGGAGACAGAGCAUAAGAAAUGGCGAACUGCUCAAGACAACUAUGAAAGACAGGUGAUUCUACAGUCAGAAACUAUUCAGGAGCUGACAAAAACUUCGCAAGCCUUGGAUUCAUCUCAAAAAGAGGCAUCUGAGCUUCGUAAAUUAGUGGAUGUGCUCAAAACAGAAAAUUUGGAGCUGAAGUCAAAGUGGGAGACUGAAAGGUUAGCUAUUGAAGUAUAUAGGAACGAAGCAGAUAAGACGUACACUGAAAUUAACGAACUGAACAAGAUUUUGCACUCUCGACUUGAAGCCAUGCACAUUAAGUUGGCUGAGAACGAAAAAGGAACAGCUUCUGGAAGCAGUUCCAAGAACCUUGGGGAUGAUGAUGGGUUCCAAAAUGUUGUGAACUAUCUCCGACGGUCAAAGGAAAUUGCUGAAACAGAAAUUUCAUUAUUGAAACAAGAAAAACAUCGUUUGCAAUCUCAGUUAGAGAGUGCUUUGAAGUCAGCUGAGUCUGCACAGACAUUGCUUCAGACGGAGCGAGGAAAAUCACGGGCAUCAUUGUUUACAGAGGAAGAUUUCCAAUCUCUUCAACUACAGGUCAGAGAGCUAACUUUACUGCGUGAAAGCAAUGUGCAACUCAGAGAGGAGAACAGGCAUAAUUUUGAAGAAUGUUUGAAACUUCGAGAAGCAUUUCAGAAUGCUAAGAUUGAAAUCGAGAAUUUGGAGAAGCUUCUUAGAGACAGAGACAGAGAGGUGGAAGCCUACAGAAAAGAAAUCGAAAUCUUGAAGGGAGAAAAAAUACAUCUUGAAAAGAGAAUUGACGAGUUGGUACAGAAGUGCAAGGAUGUUGAUGUCGAUGAUUAUAAUCGCUUGAAGGAAUCUUUCCAGCAGAUGCAGAUGAGUUUAGGGGAAAAGGAUGGUCAGUUGGAGGAGGUCAAGAAACUUUUAUCAGAAAAGCAGGACACAGUAUCAAUUCUAGAGCGAGACCUAGCUAGAAGCAAAACAGAAGUGACUGAACGAGAGAACAAGAUUAAUGAUGUCUUACAGGCUGAAGUUUCUCUGAAAUCUGAGGUUGAAAAACUUAAGCGGAUUAAUAUGCACUCAAGAAGAAAGUUGGAAAACCUUGUGAAAGAAAAAGAUGAUAUGAGCAAAGAGGUCCAGGCAUUGUCCAAACAAUUAGAGGAGGCUAGACUGGCCUUGUCCAAACAAUUGGAGGAGGCUAAACUAGUAAAACGAACCACUGUCGAUUCUGGAGAACAGAUACUGAGGGAAAAGGAGAAAGAUGCGAGGAUACAGAUUCUAGAAAGAACGGUGGAGAGGCAGAGAGAUGACCUGAAGAAAGAAAAAGAAGAUCAUCUUAAAGAAAAACAGAAAUUUCAAAAGAUCCGGAAAACAAUAAUUGAGUCUCAUGAAAAUGUCACUCAAGAAAAGAGGAGACUCUCAGAUGAUAUUGCAAGGCAUAAACAAGCUCUGAAAGCUCUUCAAGAUGAAGUGGAAAAAAUUAAGAGCCCUGGCAGCAGUCAAGCAGAGAGUGCAUCUGGGGUCCAACAUUUCUCUGUUAAUAUAUUGGAUGAUUUAUCUUCCGCCUAUUUCCAGGCUGUAGAUAAUUUUGAACAAUUAGCACAGCCAGCUUCUACGGACCCUGAUUCCACAAUGACUGAUGCUCCACCUCUUGAUAAUGCAGCAGCUGUUGCAGUUCCCACUGGUCAAGCAGUAUCAUCAAGUCAAACCCCUGAACCUCCUACUGCCAGUGUUCCGUUGACAAGAGCUGAGGAAAAAGAGAAACGACCUGCUUUUACAAAGGCAGGCAUUAAAAUGGGAAGGAAGCUGGUUCGUCCUAAUAUUGCAAGGCCAAGGGAUCCUCAAGGGGAUGCUGAGAUGGCAGAAGGAGAAGAAUCUAAUACGGGAUUGCCAUCCCAUACUACAGAAAAUCAAAUAACUGUAACUGCUCCCACAACAUCAUCUGCACGUAAACGCAUGCAAGAAGAGAUGCUCACUACCGAAGAGACUAUCUCCGAUGUCCCAGCACCUUUACCUAAAAAGUCAAAAGCUCCAGAUAGCCAACAGGUGGUAGGUGACGAAUUAGCUGCUGCUCCCACAAAGCCUCCUGAAGUUGUUAUUGCUGAAGAGUCGUCGGAUGAUAUGGGAAACCUUCAGCAAAGUAAGGAGGAAAUUGUUGAAAAGGAUGAGCUUGACACUGGAGGAGAUCAAACUGAAGAGCCAUUAGUAGAUGAACAAAUUCAGGUUGAGUUUAGUGACACAGUCGAUGCUGCGGAUGAAAAAUUGGAGAAACCAAGUGACACUAUGCUAUCUGAUGAUCAACUGAGAGAUCAAACUGAACAAGAUAUUCAGCGCAUAGUUGCAGAGUCAGGUGGUGAGAAGGAAGAGGGAGAGCUAGAUUUUGCUGAUAAUGAUGGUGAUAGCAAUACAUUUAAUGAGACAGGCGGCCCGGGAAAUGGAGAAUUUCAGGGCGAACAACCCGCAGACCCUGAGAAAUCACCUAGUAUCGAACCACUGGGCUUGGAAGCUGGGGAGAUUGAUUCAUCCCAGACACCAGAGGAAGAGAAGCUAGGUGACUUAACUGAGACCAUCAGCGACAGUUCUGAUAAGCUUAACCAUGGUGCAGAUUCUACUGCAGAAACCGACAGGGCACCUGGUUCAUCCAAUCCUCCCUCUGAGGAAGCAUCAACUAGCACUACUAUUGCCACUGUUGAUGUUGGAUCUUCAGAUCAAGGUGGAUCAACUCCCUCACAGGAAGCCGGAGGAAAACCUGUGUCUCCUCAGAACAGUGGUUCAACAACCAUUAAUCUGCAGGAGAGAGCAAGGCAGCGUGCACACUUGAGACAGGCUGGCAUGGGGGUUACUUCUUCACCAAGCAGAGGCCGUGGCCGGACAAUUCGUGGUCGUGCUGUAAGAGGUGGCCGCACUGGACGUGGGCAAUCACCUGGCUAAGAAUUUAAGCACGUUGAUGCUUUUCAUAUGAUGGUGCCGUUUCAUAGUAGAAGGUUUACAUUUAUCCAACUGUUGAUAGUUUAUUGGUAUAUCGGCUGGGUGUGUUUAGACUGCGUUCACGAUGUUAGGCCAAUUUUAUCAAGACAUACUUAAUUUCUCUACUAGGAAGGUUUUGUAAUAACGUCUUUAGCAUUUUAUCAUAUGCACGCGACAUAACUUACUUACAUGAUUUUUUUCUUGAUUC